AUGCUUGGACGAAUAACGAUCGGUGUUAUCAAUUGCAUUUCUGCACGAUCAACUACAUGUCUGGAUGAUCAACGAUCGAUUUUAUUGAUUGCAUGUCUGGAUGAUCAACGAUCGAUUUUAUCGAUUGCAUGUCUAGACGAUUGUUUAUUGCAAUCCGUUUCAUCUAUUACCGAUCACAUGACCUUUGUUUACCCAUCGAAUAACCGUGAUUUCUCCGUUCAAAGGGGUACAGUAACUUCGGAAUCGGGAAUGGCCCAACAACUAGUGCAACUUAAUCCCGGUGAUCAGGUUGACCGUUGGCAUAUUGAUAGGAAGCUUGGUGAAGGUGGCUUCGGAGCUGUUUAUAUGGUACUUAAAAUGGAGGUAUUCGUACUUACUGAGCUGAACAAACGUAACAAUCGACAUUUUUGCAAAAUCGAAGAUAAAGGACGCUUCGGAUCAUUCAACUAUGUCGUUAUGACUUUAGUUGGCAAAAGUUUACAGGAUCUUCGUAAAGCAGGUCCAGGACAACAUCUUUCAAUGGGUACAGCACUUGGUGCAGGAAUUCAAGCACUGGAAGCACUGGAAGAUCUUCAUUCAAUUGGUUAUCUUCACAGAGAUGUGAAACCCGGAAACUAUACAAUUGGUCGUCCGGAAUUGAAUGAAUUACGAAAAAUUUAUGUACUCGAUUUCGGAAUGUGUCGUAAAUUCACCAAUGCUCAAAAUAUUAUCCGUAAACCGAGAGCGGCAGCUGGUUUUCGUGGUACCGUACGUUAUGCGCCAAUAUCAUGCCAUCUUCAACGUGAGUUAUGCCGUAAGGAUGAUGUCGAGACAUGGAUUUACAUGCAAGUCGAACUUACCACCGGGAAUUUACCGUGGAAAAAUAUCGCUGAUAUGAAUCAAGUUGGUGAAUACAAGAAACGAUGUCGCUUUGAGCCAGCAAUAAAUGAGCUAUUAGGUGGUUGCGCUCCGGAAUUGCGGCAAAUUUUGCAAAUUGUUGAUGCGCUUAAAUAUUACGAUCAACCACCCUAUCAGCAAAUUUAUCAACUGAUGCGUCAAUCAUUUCUGACUAUGGGAUGCCAGGAAUUUCCAUAUGACUGGGAGAAACCCGGUGGCGGUGUCUUUUGA